CACCCUCAACUCACAACGCCGCGGAAACCAAAGCACCGACCGAUUGCCUGCGCCCGCCCGCCCGCCUUUAUAUCCCUUCCCUUUGAGCGGCCGCCGGCUCCUGAUAGGCGGAGCUGUCCUCUCUGGGGAACGAGCAGCCAAUGGCGUAACGAAUCUCGGCCCGACCAAUAGCGACGGGCUCCCUGCCCCGCCCCACCCCACGCUCUGCAGGCAGCCAAUGGCGGGGCGGGCGCUCCGUCGGGUCCGCCCACCGGCGGCCCGGCUGCGCGGGGCUCUCUCCGCAGGGUUGUCUGAAUCUGGUCGUUCUUAUUUUUAUCCUUUUUCCAUGUUUCCUCAUUUUAUUUUUUGCUCUUGAACUGCUGAGUGAGUGAAGCAGUGGGUGUGGGAAGGGCAUAGCUGGAAGAAGGAUGAAGGGUGUGUGGGUUGAACGGGACUGUGUAUGCUCAUCUCCGAGAGCAUGGAAUUCCGGUAGUAGUGGGGUUCCCCCACAGUGUUCCCUUAAAGCGCUAUGCGACUUAUUCCUGCAGGGGAACUUUACGUGGUUCCUACGCAGUCACGUUAUAAAGUCACCCAGUAUUCUGUGUACCAGAAAGAGGCCCCAGCCCUCUUCUUUCCAUACAGCACUUCACAACGAAAACAACAGCAGUAACAAAAAGCCUAAUGCUCCUCGUUUCCUGACUAAAUGUAUUCAUCGCAUUUCAGUGUAGGCAAAAAAUCAGAACUUAUUUUAAACACCUUUCCUUAUGUUUUGCAAUACAACUACUUUUCCCAGUAUUUUUCUCUUCACUAGCUUACAUUAUGUAGCGCUUUGUGAUCUAUUGCUUAUUGUCCUUAGGCAGGAUCAGUGUAGGUGAAUGUUUUCCAGAAAUGCAAGAAUAAAUUUCUUCCUUAAAAAAAAAAAAGUUCCUGUCUGUGUCACGAGUCACUACAAGGAAAGAACGAAAGUAGGUAGUAGUAGGCGGUCCGUUCCCGAAGGCGGUAAUUUUAAACUUCGAAUCUACCAAUGAGAUUCAGCAUGUUUGUUUCGGCCAAUCAGAAAGAAGGACGGUGCUAUAAAGAACCCUACGGUGCAGAGCUACGCUCAUUUCCUGGUAUCGCUGCUUGACUGCUCUGUGUCUUUACCGAUGGCGCGUACGAAGCAGACGGCGCGUAAGUCGACGGGCGGGAAGGCGCCCCGCAAGCAGCUGGCCACCAAGGCGGCCCGCAAGAGCGCGCCGGCCACGGGCGGCGUCAAGAAGCCGCACCGCUACCGGCCCGGCACGGUGGCGCUGCGCGAGAUCCGCCGCUACCAGAAGUCCACGGAGCUGCUGAUCCGCAAGCUGCCCUUCCAGCGCCUGGUGCGCGAGAUCGCGCAGGACUUCAAGACCGACCUGCGCUUCCAGAGCUCGGCCGUCAUGGCGCUGCAGGAGGCCAGCGAGGCCUACCUGGUGGGGCUCUUCGAGGACACCAACCUGUGCGCCAUCCAUGCCAAGCGCGUCACCAUCAUGCCCAAGGACAUCCAGCUCGCCCGCCGCAUCCGCGGGGAGCGCGCCUGAGGCUGCUGCCCAUCCCCCUUCUCUUCCGGCAGAGACCGAGGCAGCCCGCACAGACCCAAAGGCUCUUUUAAGAGCCACUCCAUGCACAAUUAGAGGAGCUGAAGCACUACUCUCCAGCAGUGUUUGAGAUGUAACUUUUCAUUUUACAAACGAUUAUUUAUUUUGCAGCUCCUGAUGCUGUUCUUGCACUGCAAUAUCUACAUAAAAACAUAGUUCACAUUUCUCCUGACUAUUUUGAAGAGGUAAAGUUUUUUAGUACAAGUUUUAUAAAAGUCUGGGUGUAAACUGUA